AUGGUAGUUAUCCAUUUAGGACCAUAUCAUCCAGAUACACCUGAAGUCGAUAUUCCAAUAAUUGAUUAUUCUUCAAGAGAAUGGAGAGAAGAUGAGGAAGUACUUGAAUAUGUAUUACCACCCACAUCUCCCGGUCAAUUACCAAAUAUAAUAUUCGGUUGUUCAGUCUUUGGAUAUGGUAUUUACGCUCCUGAAGAAGUCAUAAAAUCGGAUUUCCCAUUACGUGUGAUAAAAUAUGCUAUGAAAGUUGGAGUGACAGCUUUUGAUACUUGGGAAGAAGGGACUUUAGGAGAAGAGGAGUGGAAGGGUAUAGUUGGAAAAAUCCUUGAUGGACGUUAA